GGAGUCUCUUCUAUUUCGUUUCGAGAACUGAUGGUAUGGGACUUGGGAGCAACCCAGCAGCUUCUCUGGAGUGGGAUGACGAAACAGUUGACCAAAGAAGAAGAGAAGCAGCAUCAGAUCCACACCUUUGACUAGUACUAUAAAUAGCAAGGAAUGGUUCAGUAUCGUUUGGCCAAGAUAACAGCAAGUGGAUCGGAGAUGUCGUCAUCCCCGCCGGUGAAGCUCAUCGGUUUCUUCGGCAGCCCGUACGCGCACCGCGCUGAGGCGGCCCUGUGCCUCAAGGGCGUGCCUUACGAGCUCCUCCUGGAAGACCUGCUGCAAACCAAGAGCGACCUGCUGCUCCAGCACAACCCCGUGCACAAGAAGGUGCCCGUGCUCCUCCAUGGCGACCGCACCGUCUGCGAGUCCCUCGUCAUCGCCGAGUACAUCGACGAGGCCUUCGACGGCCCGCCCCUCCUGCCCACCGACCCCUACGACCGCGCCAUGGCCCGUUUCUGGGCGGACUUCAUCGAAAACAAGCUGACCAAGCCGUUCUUCAUGGCGCACUGGGUCGAGGGCGAGGCGCGAGAGAGGUUCGAGACAGAGGGCUUGGAGCUGCUGGCGCUUCUGGAGGCGCAGCUCAAGGGGAACAAGUUCUUCGGUGGCGACAGGCCCGGCUACCUCGACAUAGCGGCUUCCAUGCUGGGUCCCUGGCGCAGCGUCGUUGAGGAGGUGACCGGGGUGACCGUGGUGAAGGAGGACGAGCACCCUGCUCUCUGCCAGUGGGCCAGGGAUUACAGCUCCAACGAAGCUCUCAAGCCCUGCAUUCCGGACAGAGACAGGCUCCUCGCCUACUUCACGAAGAACAAGGAGAUGUACAGAGCUGGCGUCAGAGCAAUGCUGCAGCAGUGAUUGGGUUUUCUGUGCAUUUAUCUUAAGGAUCCAUUGUGCUAUUUUGAGGAGCACAAGAAUUCUGAACUCAUCUAUAUUGUGCUAGUGUGUUACUCGAGUCAGAUUGUAAUGACGCUGUUACUUAUAAAGCUCCCCCUUUAUUACCUGAAAUAAGGCAUGGAGAUAGCCAGUGGCUCACGUGACACGUCACGUGGAUGGAUUUUGAUUCUGCGAAUCAACUUGUUCCAAUGUUUAUUCAGUGUGCUGGUGGUCACUACUCACUGCUGAACUAGAACAAUUUUCUCAACUCUAUCUUACUAUUACUAAUUGCAGGUUCUUUUCAA